AUGGGUUACGACAGUCCUUCGAGAGGUGGGAGCACUUUCAGCGGUUCCCGUGGAAAUUUCCGAGGGAAAUCUCCACAUUGGAAAGGAGGAGACAGAGGUGGUGGCGGAGGAGGUCGUGGGGGUCGAGGAGGUCAAAGAGGAGGCUUUGGAUCACCAGCUGAACGUGGAAGAGGUGGCGGCUUUCGAGGUAGAGGUUCAUCUCCUAACAGAGGCAAUUCCUUUUCUACAAACUUCCGAGGUGGUCGAGGUUCCACUCCUAAUAGAGGCAAUUCAUUUUCUCCUAACGUUCGAGGGGGCCGAGGCGCAUUCACACCUCGUGGAAAUCGUGGUUCACCGGGCUUCAAAGGUUCUGGCAGAGGAGCACGAGGUUCUUUCAGUGAAAAGCGCAAACCUUUUGAUCACAAGGAAAACCAGGAAGGUGGCAAGUUUUCCCAACAUAAAAAGGUUUUCUCUGCACCGAAUACUCCUACUGAUUCCAAAAAGAAACAUAAGAAGUUAGACGAAAGCGAAGAAGACGAAGAAGACGAGCAGCAAGUGUUAAAGGAAAAGAAAAAACUCAACGGAAAACCUACCACAAAGCACGUUCCUGAAGACGAGGAAGAAAGUGAAGAAGAAGAUGAUGAAGAAGAGGAAGAGGAGGUGGAUGAAGAUGAAGAAGAGGACGAAGACGAUGAAGAAGAUGAUGAACCAGUGCAAUCUGCUACGAAAAAACAAGUUCCAAUUCCCAAAAAGCCUGAAACGUCGAAGAAAACUGCGGUUGAGGAAGAUUCCGAUGAAGACGAUGAAGAUGAGGAAGAAACUGAUGAAGAAGACGAAGAUGAUAGCGAUGAUGAAGUAGCUGCACCUGCUAAAAAAGUAACAUUGCAAAAGAACAAGAGUGCUGUCUCGAAGACAAAUUCCGCUCCAGUUGCCGAAGAUGACGAAGACGAAGAGGAUGAAGAUGAUGACGAGGAUGAAGAAGAAGACGAAGAAAGCUUGGAAGACGAAGAACAAACAGAACCAGUUGUGAAGACACCAGCGCAGAAACCAAGUCAGAAAGAAGUUAAAAGUGCAGUCAAGAGUGGGAAGGGGACUGAUGUGAAGAAACAUGUGGAUGUUUCUGCGGCUGCCACCCCUGCUACAUCUUCCAAAAAGAUCCCUGUUACGCCCCAUCCUCAGAAGAAGGCGCCGAAUGAUAUUCCUCGAGCAACCUUGAAUUUUGAUGACAGUAGUGAGGACGAGGAAGAUGAAGAUGAAGAAAUGGAAGUUGAUGAGGACGAUGAAGAAGAGUCUGAAGGAGGCGGAGAGGAUGAUGAAGAAGACGACGAAGAUGAAGAAGAAGAUGAAGAGGAGGAGGAAACACCGGCUAAACCGCCUACGAAAAAAGCAGAUGGUUUAACUCAACCGAAGAAAGGUGUUACGGUUUCGAAUGAAGCUGAUGGAAAGAAAAUCCAGGAUGCGAACCAGGGGCUCAAAAGAAAGGCAGUAGAUGUACCCAACGAACGGGAAGCAAAACAUGCUAAGCUUGAUGAGAAUGUUGUCGUCGAUGAAGAGAAUAAACGCAGACAAGAGCGAGAUGAGCGUUCGCUGUUUAUCAAGGGAUUUCCUAAGAACACUAAGACUCAAGAUCUCGAAGCAUUGCAUGCAGAUAUUGAAACAGUGCGACAUCGUAAAGGAACAUCAUUUGCAUGGUUGGUAUUCAGAAACCAAGCGUCAUGUAAAAAGGCGCAUAGUACAUUAUCCAUCACCAAAAUUGGAGGUAAACCAUUGUUCGUGGAUUUUUGUGGGUCAAAAUCUGCUAAAGCCGGAACAAUCCAAAAAGAAUCAAAACCAAUCAAUCCUUUGGAACUUUAUAUCAAUGGAUUACCACCUAUGGUUACUAAAGAAGACAUUAAGAACGUUUUUCGAGCAGCUGUGUCUAUUCACAUUCCCAACACGCGAGCUCAUGAAAUGAAGCGUGCUUUCAUAUUGUUCUCCAGCGAAGACGACGCAAAAUCUGCUUUUGAUAAAGGAAAAGGGCUCAAAUUGAGUGGAAAAUCUGUUGAAGUGUUUUAUGCUCGAGUUCGACGCACUAAUGAACAGAAUACUGCGGCAAAGCCAGCUAAGGGUGCACAAACUGUCAAGCCUGCAAGUUCCUUAACCGUAAAGAAGGCUGCUGUAGCGCCAAGGAAGGAAGAAAGUGACAGCGAUGAAGAGGAGAUUGAAUCCAGUGAUGAGGGAAUCGAGGAAGUACCUGAAAAACAUUUGAAGAAGAGUCCAUUGAAGGCGAAAUCUCAGCCUGAUUCCGGUGAUGAAGAUGAGGAUGAGGAUGAGGAUGAUGAAGAAGACGAAGAGGAAGACGAAGAAGACGAGGAGGAAGAUGAGGAAUGA